AGUGCAGGCAGGCUGACAAUGAUUUCCUCAGUGAUUACGUACAGAGCGAGUCCCUGCGGGUUAGGGGCCCCCUCUGGAGCCAUCCUGAUGGCUUUGGGGGCCUUGCUUCCAUUUUCCAUUAUUAUGUGGACUACCGGAGCGACAGCGCAGUCCAAGACCUUGCAGUAGAAGAAAAUGAAACAGAGGACCAGCAGAGAGGUGUGGGACAGACAGCUGCUCAGACUGACCCUAACUGUAAACUAGAAGACAAGGCAGAAGAUGGAGAAGUGAUAGAUUGUAAGAAAAGGCCGGAUGAAGGGGAGGAGUUAGAGGAAGAAGCUGUGCACAGCUGUGACAGCUGCCUCCAGGUGUUUGAGUCGCUGAGUGAUAUCACAGAACACAAGAUUAAUCAAUGUCAACUGACAGAUGGAGUGGAUGUUGAGGAUGACCCUACCUGUUCAUGGCCAGCUUCAUCCCCCUCCAGCAAAGACCAGACUUCACCCAGCCAUGGAGAAGGUUGUGAUUUUGGUGAAGAAGAAGGUGUCCCAGGAUUGCCCUAUCCAUGCCAGUUUUGUGACAAGUCAUUCAGCCGCCUCAGCUACUUAAAGCAUCAUGAGCAAAGUCAUAGUGACAAACUCCCUUUCAAAUGCACGUAUUGCAGUCGCCUCUUUAAACACAAGCGGAGCCGAGACCGCCAUAUAAAACUUCACACAGGAGACAAGAAGUAUCACUGCAGUGAGUGUGAUGCAGCAUUUUCAAGAAGCGAUCAUCUUAAAAUUCACUUAAAGACUCAUACGUCCAACAAGCCAUAUAAAUGUGCCAUUUGUAGACGUGGAUUCCUUUCAUCAAGUUCUCUGCAUGGUCACAUGCAGGUUCAUGAGAGGAACAAAGAUGGUUCUCAGUCUGCUUCCAGGAUGGAGGACUGGAAGAUGAAAGACACUCAGAAAUGCAGUCAGUGUGAGGAAGGCUUUGAUUUUCCUGAAGAUCUUCAGAAACACAUAGCAGAAUGUCACCCUGAGUGCUCUCCAAAUGAGGACAGGUCUGCUCUUCAGUGUGUUUACUGUCAUGAACUCUUUGUAGAGGAAACGUCUCUUGUAAAUCACAUGGAGCAGGCUCAUAAUGGUGAAAAGAAGAACUCAUGCAGCAUUUGCUCAGAGAACUUCCAUACUGUUGAAGAACUGUACAGCCACAUGGAUAGUCACCAGCAACCAGAAUCAUGCAAUCAUAGCAACAGCCCUUCUUUGGUAACUGUUGGUUACACCUCAGUAUCUAGUACCACUCCAGAUUCAAAUCUUUCAGUGGACAGUUCGACGAUGGUAGAAGCUGCUCCCCCAAUUACAAAGGGUCGUGGAAGGAAAAGGGCAGCCCAACAAGUACCAGACAUUACUGGUCCUUCAAGUAAACAAGCAAAGGUUACCUAUAGCUGCAUUUAUUGCAACAAACAGUUAUUUUCAAGCCUUGCAGUUCUGCAGAUACAUCUGAAAACUAUGCAUUUAGAUAAGCCUGAACAAGCCCAUAUUUGUCAGUAUUGCUUGGAGGUAUUUCCCUCACUGUACAAUCUGAAUGAACAUCUUAAGCAAGUCCAUGAAGCCCCCGACCCAGCAUUGAUUUUUUCUACCAUGCCUGCCAUGGUCUACCAGUGUAACUUCUGCUCUGAAGUAUUCAAUGACCUCAACACUCUUCAGGAACAUAUCCGUUGUUCUCAUGGUUUUGCAAACCCUGCUGCUAAGGACAGUAAUGCAUUUUUUUGUCCCCAUUGCUACAUGGGAUUUCUUACUGAUUCUUCUCUGGAAGAGCAUAUUAGACAAGUCCAUUGUGAUCUUAGCAGUUCCCGUUUUGGUUCCCCUGUACUUGGAACCCCAAAAGAUCCAGUAGUAGAGGUAUAUUCUUGUUCCUACUGCACAAAUUCUCCAAUAUUCAAUAGUGUUCUUAAAUUGAACAAGCAUAUCAAGGAGAACCAUAAGAACAUUCCCUUGGCACUGAAUUACAUCCACAAUGGAAAAAAAUCCAGAGCCAUGAGCCCCUUAUCUCCAGUUACUAUAGAGCAGACCUCUUUAAAGAUGAUGCAGGCUGUAGGUGGUGCUCCUCCACGUCCUGCAGGUGAAUAUAUUUGUAAUCAAUGUGGUGCUAAGUAUACUUCCCUGGAUGGUUUUCAAACUCAUUUAAAAACACACCUUGACACUGUCCUGCCAAAACUGACAUGCCCACAGUGCAACAAGGAGUUCCCAAAUCAAGAGUCUCUGCUGAAGCAUGUAACAAUUCAUUUCAUGAUAACCUCUACCUACUAUAUCUGUGAAAGUUGUGACAAGCAAUUCACUUCGGUGGAUGACUUACAGAAACACUUGCUUGACAUGCAUACGUUUGUAUUCUUUCGCUGCACCCUGUGUCAAGAGGUUUUUGACUCCAAAGUCUCCAUUCAGCUACACCUUGCUGUGAAGCACAGCAAUGAAAAGAAGGUAUAUAGAUGCACGUCUUGUAAUUGGGACUUCCGCAAUGAAACUGACCUACAGCUGCAUGUUAAACAUAACCACCUGGAGAACCAAGGGAAAGUGCACAAGUGCAUUUUCUGUGGUGAGUCGUUUGGUACAGAGGUGGAGCUUCAGUGCCACAUUACUACACACAGCAAGAAGUACAACUGCAAGUUCUGUAGUAAAGCUUUCCAUGCUAUUAUCUUGCUGGAGAAACACCUGAGGGAAAAGCAUUGUGUUUUUGAAACUAAAACGCCAAACUGUGGAACCAAUGGAGCAUCGGAGCAAGUUCAGAAAGAGGAAGUGGAACUCCAAACCUUGUUGACAAAUAGUCAGGAGUCCCAUAACAGCCAUGAUGGCAGUGAAGAAGAUGUUGAUACAUCUGAGCCCAUGUAUGGAUGUGACAUUUGUGGAGCAGCUUACACAAUGGAAACUCUCCUGCAAAAUCACCAGCUUCGAGAUCACAAUAUCCGACCUGGAGAAAGUGCCAUAGUUAAGAAAAAGGCUGAACUCAUUAAAGGGAAUUACAAGUGUAACGUGUGCUCUCGAACCUUCUUCUCUGAAAAUGGGCUCCGUGAGCACAUGCAGACGCACUUGGGACCAGUGAAACACUAUAUGUGCCCGAUAUGUGGUGAGCGGUUUCCAUCUCUUCUGACUCUUACUGAACAUAAAGUCACUCAUAGUAAGAGCCUGGAUACUGGAAACUGCAGAAUUUGCAAAAUGCCUCUCCAAAGCGAGGAGGAGUUUUUGGAGCAUUGCCAAAUGCACCCUGAUUUGAGAAAUUCCUUAACAGGAUUCCGCUGUGUGGUAUGCAUGCAAACGGUGACCUCUACCUUGGAGCUGAAAAUCCACGGGACAUUCCACAUGCAAAAAACAGGAAACGGUUCUGCGGUGCAGACUACGGGGCGAGCACAGCAUCUUCAGAAACUGUACAAAUGUGCUUCUUGCCUGAAGGAAUUCCGUUCAAAACAGGAUUUAGUGAAACUUGACAUCAACGGUCUGCCAUAUGGUCUGUGUGCUAGCUGUGUUAAUCUCAGUAAAAGUGGUAGUCCAAGUGUCAACAUCCCUUCAAGCAGUAACAGACAAGGCCUGGGCCAGAAUGAGAACUUGAGUUCCAUUGAGAACAAAAGCAAGGCAGGGGGACUGAAGACACGUUGUUCUAGUUGCAAUGUUAAAUUUGAAUCAGAAAGCGAACUCCAGAAUCAUAUCCAGUCAAUCCACAGAGAGCUUGUUCCCGACAGCAACAACAUUGAUUUUUCUCUGUCUUACCACAUUGUGAUUACAAAGAAAUUCAGCACUUUAUUACCUAAGAAGAAAACCUACCAGUGUAUCAAGUGUCAGAUGGUUUUCUACAAUGAAUGGGAUAUCCAGGUUCACGUUGCAAACCACAUGAUUGAUGAAGGACUGAACCAUGAAUGCAAACUCUGCAAUCAGACAUUUGACUCUCCUGCCAAACUUCAAUGCCACCUGAUAGAACACAGCUUUGAAGGAAUGGGGGGCACUUUCAAAUGUCCAGUCUGCUUUACAGUGUUUGUUCAAGCAAACAAGUUGCAGCAGCAUAUUUUCUCAGCCCAUGGACAAGAGGACAAGAUCUACGACUGCACACAGUGUCCACAGAAAUUCUUCUUCCAGACAGAGCUGCAGAAUCAUACGAUGACCCAACAUAGCAGUUAGUGCAAGGCCCAUCUCUUCAGGAGAAUUCUUUGUGGCACAAAAAGGGAACACAUUUUACUCUUUGCACGAAACUUUCAUUGUUAAUGUAUAUUAUUCAGAAACAUUGUAUUGUACCAUAAAACUUGUAUUAUCGAAACUGUUGGAUGUUCAUGUGUUUGAACUUUUGAGCACCGGAUAGGCUUCCUGUAUAUAAAGUGUUGCACAUGUAUUAUGUUGUCUGAUACUAAAAUGGUCUUAUAAAGACAAGUGGACUUGGGCCCUAUUCAAGAAAGAUAAAAAUAAUAAUAAUACUGUGUGAGGAAAAAAAGGCUUAAGAAAAUGUGUCAUUUUUGAAGAAGAGGGAGAAAAAAAUUAACUGUUACCUUACAGCUCUGUUUGGCCUUCCUUUCAUUUAAACUUAAGUCUAAAAUAUCUCUCUUUUGGUAUACGAACAGAUGAAUCCAAGACUAUUUUUUAUUGCUGAAGAGUCUUGCAAAAAAUAUGAAAAGGCUUUCUCACAGAGCAAGACCCUACCAUUGAAUAAGGCCCGUAUAUAUAUUUGUAAGCCUUGCGAUAUGACAGAUAGCAUUACCAUAUAUGCAAUAGUUGUUAUGUAGAUUGUCAAAGAAACUUUUUUUUUUCCUGGAUACCAUUUGAAGCUUUGAGUGUUCAAGACUUUCCUUAAUGAUUUCACACAGCCAAAUUCUUGAAUCAGUUGAACUAACCUGUAUGUUACUGUUAUUAAUGUUUACUCUGCGGUCUGAACCUGGAGAUUACUGGAAUUGUUUUCCAAGAGGAAAUAAAUUCAGUUUACCAUUA